AUGCCCUUCUUUCCGUCCGCUGCCAUGGCUUCUUCGCAGCUGUCGCCGCCGUUCCGUGUCGAGCACCAGUUAAAGUUGGACCUACAUAAGGACCUAGGCUCGUCCCGUCCUGCCCACCAUUUGCCAGGGUAUCCCCACAUCGCGCUGGACGACCGGCACCGCAUCUGGGGUUUUCUCGACGAGGAAUUCUGCUCGGACGAUCUAGACAAGAUGGCUGACAGGCUUUGGUGGAUGACUAAGCAGGACAGCGCAAGCAUCUCCCCCCUCCAUCGGCGGCAACGGGUCAAACGGCGAGCGGUCCGUUACGAGUCCGACUUUCUCCAUCGCGCAAGAACCCAACCUGCAGCUCCUACCAAGUGA